AUGCUCACUAAGUGGAUGAACAGCUUGCGACCGCAUGGGGCCAUCAUCUGGGCCGACCUCACGAAGUUUGGACGGCUGCAGAAAGAUGACUUCGACAACGUUACGGAAGCCAUCCGCAAUCUUCUACAGCACAACCCCGCCAAAAUGGUUGCAGUCAUCAUCGUCCGGCGAUUGGAAGACAAGCUCGAUGCAAAGUUCCUGCUCAACUUUACAUUCAGCAUACGCAUGGACGAGCCCCACUUCAACAAGAAGCAGGCCCUUCUCUAUCCGGGCCUGCUCUGUUGGCCGGACGGUGUCUCCGACAACAUCUUCUCGGAGAGCAAGCUAGUGGUCGACAGGUGCAACCGGGAGCCCAUCGAAUGGAUCUUGGAGAGGGACUACAAGGUUCCAACCAGGGCGAAGAAUGCAACCCCGUCCACCCGGGAGGACCAAGACAGGUCAAUCAGUGAAGUGCAAGAGGCAGCACAGAUGCCUACAUAUUCCCUCGGGGAGGAUGUCACUGUGCUGAAGUACAGCGAGCGAAUGGUUGCCCAGUACCUGAUGGAGGACUGGAAAACCGGCCGGAACAUCAUCGGGGCUGCUGCCUAUGAUCCAGAGCCGGCUGUCGCCGACGGCAGCGAUGGCCUGCCGGCGGAGCCCACGUUCCACUAUGCGACCAUGAUGACCACUGAGGACGGCAGCAAGGUGAUUUCGCUUCCAGGGUCGCUACGCAGCAAAUGGAGCGACGACACCAACCGCAAGAAGGAAUGGUCGGAUACACUGGUCAAGGUGCACACCACCAGCUCUACCGGGGCGACCGGAGCCACAUCACAGGCAGCCGCUGAGCAGCCAACCUCCACCAGCUCCGCAGUUGCUCCAGGAUGGUCCUCGGAGCCAAGCACGUUGGAUGCACUCGAUGCAAAGUACGACACUCUGAUGUCGUGCCCCGGACGCAACCCUACGACGAUGCUAAAGUUGGUCCAGGAGAAGGGCCAGGUGGAGGCCGAGGGUGUUGUCAUCGAAAAGAAGUUGUUCUUGGUUGCAAACGGCGAUGUGACCCUACCGGAUCACGAGUUUCUGCUGGCUCACGAUCGAGCCAGCUUCGUGAGUGGACAAAAGGCCACCGCCAAGCCGCAGCCAAAGUCUUCGAGUGAGGCAACGCCGAAAAAGGCGAUCGCAAGAAAGGUUGAGCUCGAGUUCACGGGCAAGGAGUCAGACGAGAAGUGGCUACAGUUCCGCCGCAACGACACCGCCUCUUCGAUGGCAUCCACACCCGCUGGCAAGAAGCCGUUGAAUCCUCUUUUGCAGUCUACAGAAGACUUGGGAGAAUGCGACGAGACAGAAUCCUCUGAGGCCAUCAUGCAGGAAGCCGAGGAAGUGAGCAAGCAGUUGGCUCAGCAGCUUUCCAUUGGCAAGACCAAGCCCAAGGGGGAGACCAAGCCCAACAAGGAGACCAAGCCCAACAAGGAGACCAAGCCCAACAAGGAGGCCAAGCCCAACGAGGAGACCAAGCCCAACGAGGAGACCAAGCCCAACGAGGAGACCAAGCCCAACGAGGAGACCAAGCCCAACGAGGAGACCAAGCCCGAGGAGCCCCGCGAGGACAAGUCGGAGCAGACCCCGAAGCGCCAGGAUGCUAAACUGAGAUAA